UCUGGCGCUUUUUCAGCACUAUCCAACACCGUCAGUUGAACUGACUGAAAUUAAGUUGAUAUAUUUUAUAGGGCUAGUGGUAUUCGUUGACCAGCCACGAGCGGUCACACUAACGCAGCAACAAUUUUUUGUUUCGCAUUUUGUUUGUGAAAAUUUAAAACUUGACGACGGCGGCGACAGAUCGAUUUCCACAGCUGCUGACGAGAUCGAGCAAGCCCCAACAUGUCGCAACAACGAGCCACGGAGCAGAAUCCGGCCAGCAGCAGCAACAACAACAGCGAUGUGAUUACACUGGACGACGACGACGAGGAUGACGUUAUUGCAAUUGUAGGUCCUCCCGAAAUCAUCGAUCUCUGUCUGUCGCCUUCCACUUCCGCGGCGGCAGCGGCGGCGGCAGCUGCCCGUUCCGAUAAUGGAACUGCGGACCAUCCGGGAGAGGAAUCAGGAGCUGGAUCCGGAUCAGGAGAUGCUGUAGCGGCAUCAAAUCCGAAUUCACCUGCUUCGUCACCUGGAGAUGCAGCUUCACCAGCGGCUGCUGCCUUAGAAUGUCCCAUCUGCCUGCAAACUUGCAUCCAUCCAGCUCGCCUUCCCUGUGGCCACAUCUUUUGCUUCUUGUGCGUUAAGGGGGUUGCCUACAAGAACCGUCGAUGUGCUAUGUGCAGACGCGAGAUUCCCGCCGAAUUCCUGGACCAUCCUCAGCUGGUAAAUGGUAUUGAGGACAUUUGCACCACUCGCGCGACCGAGGAUGGCUACCAGUGGUACUACGAGGGCAGAAAUGGUUGGUGGCAAUAUGAUGACCGCACAAGUCAGGACAUCGAAGAAGCCUUCAAGAAGGGCGAAAAGUCAUGCACCAUCCUCGUGGCCGGCUACGUCUACAUUGUGGAUUUGGAGCAACUGGUCCAACAGCGUCAAAACGAACCCACUCGCUGCCGAAGAGUCAAACGGGAUCUGGCCACCAUACCCAAAAAAGGGGUAGCUGGUCUGAGGAUCGAGGGCAACCAGGUGACCAGCGACACCAUCUUCAGCAGACCAACCAGCACAGCCAACCAAGCUACCGUUGCGGCAGCAGCCUCCAGUUUCAUAUCCACAAUAGCAGCGACGGAUGCGGCAAUAAGGAUCGCCAGCGAUAUAAUUGGAUCUACACUAGCCCAUGCAGACGAACUUACAAGGGGACUGGCAGCUAGUAACAUCAGCGACGAUCCCAGCAGCAGCGGUGAGCAAACCAACUCCACAAAUCCACAAGAAACAGGACGCUCGCCUGCCUCCUCACCUGCCCCUAGUUCCAUGCAGGAUCUGAUCAGGCGGGACCUGAGGAACACCCAACAGGUUAUUGCCCAUAAUCAGCACACAAUCGAUCUCUUCGAGCAGGCCUUGAACGACUUCCAGGCGCUAACAAUGCGAAACUAUGUGGACUCGAGUGAUGAGGAGGACAAUGACGAGAAUCAGGAGGUGGGGGAACGGGAUCAGCUGGAGGCGGGCGAGCAGCCACAGUCCGGCGAUAAUCAACAGGGAUUCUAGAAGUAGCCCACUCUUCAGAAUGUUUACUACAUAGCUAGCCUAGCCCAUACACUUAAGGAAAAUAUCAAUGUUCCUUUUAGCAGAUUUCACUAAACGGAAAGGGGAAUGUUAACUAGAGAAAUGCAGCGCGUACCUGAGAAUAUAUCAACUAACAUAUAUAUCGAUAGGCUCCAUGCGAUGGGCGUUGGAACAGGAUAGAAACAGAACAGAAUGUCUACAGGGUAAAAAAAACACAUAUUCCUUAACUCUAUAACUCAGAUACUAACCCUCAAAGGUUAUAUCAAAAAUAAAAAGAUGUAAUCUAUAACAUAUGAUAUUCAACUUAUCUCAAGAAUCUUAACUUGGAAGCAAAAGAAUUGUGUUCUUAGCCUGAGAUAGAACAGACAGUUGUAGAUUUUGAAAGACACUGUUUCGGAAAUCUGGUAUUGUUUUUAGAAGGUGUACAAAAAUACACAUUUCCAUAACACAUACGAAUAUAAACUUGCAGUGUGCCGCUGUACAUAAUAUCUAAACAAUAUAUAUAUAUUCAAGAGUUCUAGAAAGCAGAUCCAGAUAAUUAAUGUCCUUUUUGAAAGCUAGCAAAAGUAAAUUCAACCACCAAGAAAGAGUAGUGUGAAAACGACAAUAUUUGUGAAUUGGGAUUUACUUGGGUGCGAUCCUUGGGAGGUCAAUUAGGAGGAAGUUCCCAUUUACUUAAUUGAUAUUCAGUGCGUUUCUUAAAUUUGACUACAAUAUAAAAGUCUGAAUUCAUAUUCAAGCUCCCUUUUAAAAGAUUCUUUGUUUUUGAACCAAAGUUAUUUCUUUAUGUUUUCGAAGCGCGCUGUAGUCAGGGGAAUGAGAUCCAGUAUUAAUUAUUAAGUCGCCGUUAAGUGCGUUAAGCAAAAACAGUUCUGUGACAGUUAAAUAUAUUGAUAUUUGUAUUGUGUAAGUUACUGUAAUAGAAGUAUUUAGAAGACAAUUGUUAGUCAGGCUAAAAAUGACUAACCGAAGCCCUAUGUAUAUUACGUGCUAAAAAUAAUAUACCCCUGAUUUAAUAAUCUCAA